AUGGGCUGUCCAAGGAGAGCCGUCUGUCCAUCCUGCUCCUCCGAGACAGACGCCAUCCCUUUGUCUCAGGGGUCGGGAGAGCUGUCCAAACACAACCGUGGUUACGAGUGCUCCAUGGUUUCAGCCGUUGCCAUGGAAGCCGCCCAGUCUGGCGCCCGUCACUCGGACGCAUCACCGUCCAGCUCAAAUGCCGGGAAUGACAGGUUUUAA